AUGCAGGCGACACCAAGUAGCUCUGGCUCGCAGCGGGACGUACAACCUGUAUGGCAGGCGAAUGCAGCUGCGGAGCCGGCCACGAAACCCCUGGGGAACCAGGAACAAGGCACGAAUCACGAGUGCGCUGAGGACGGGAAACCACAGGUCAGUACUAAGUUUCAGACUGACGAAUCUACGACUGCUGCACCAGCGCAGAAGCUGGAGGAAGUGCAAGCCGGAUUGUCGCUGGCGGCCGGCUCUCGAAAGUCGGAGGCCACAGUCGUGUGGCGAAGGCGGCCGCUCAACGCUGACCAGCUUCACGCGCUACUUUCACUUGCUGCUUUCGUUCGCGCCGUACCGAAACCCCCCACGAACGAACAGGUCGCGAAAACAAUCCAUGCUUCGGCAGACGAGGGGCCUGAUCAGCGACAACUGCUCUUGCAGUAUCACCGGCCUUAUCAAACAGUACUGCGCUUACUGGCGGCUCAGGCAUGCGUUAAGCGUCAUGGAGCGUUUACCUUUCCGCAGCUGAAGGCGCUUCAGCUGCAGCUACAAGCGCAACGUUACCUGCGUCUCGCAGAGGCUGCAGCUCGAGCUGCCACCGCCGCUGGAAGGCAUCCUCGUGCUGUGUUCCGUCGAACAGGCGCUGUACUACCAGCCGUACUCCGUCGGGCGAUGGUAACCGGACUGAUUUGUGGACGCUUCCCGGACGGCACCCGGAUGCCUUCCACAGAAGAAUGCUUACAGGUUAUGACCGAAAUCGAACAGCAAUGUCAGAGCGAAUUUCCGAAAUGGGAAGAGCUUUACGCAGCUGAGGCCGCCCUUGCAUCAUCAGAGGCGCAGUAUACGGAGCAGGUGUGUGCGCAAUGCUCCGGAGAACGAUGGCUACCCGUUGGCAAGGUGAUGAAUGCACAGGGAGUCGAGCUCUCGCGACCACCCCCGCUCGAUCCGAUUCUGGUAUGCAGAGAGCGCGACCGAGAAGUUCAUCAUCGCCUCAAUGAAGCACGACGAGCGCUGGAUACCAUUUUGCAUGCCCUGGAAAGUGAAUUCCGGGCAGCGUAUACACAAGACGCAGCCCCAAUUCCCGAACAUCUGGUGCGCACCUAUGUGCACGUGCGGAUACGCCAUGCCAUGCUUCGCUUGCUCCGCCUCCAGCAGCGAAUUCGGGAGCGUAUUCUCGAAGCAGGUACCGAAGCACGCGGAUCGAAUGCCAGUAGCCAUGGCCGUCUCUCGAAAAAACGGAUACGCAGCGAGCUGGCCCGCUAUGAACGCGAGGAACGACGGGCUCGCGAAGCAGACGAGCGCGAGCAACGCCGUCACACGCUCUCCAUGUGGCGAGCGGUUGAAGAAUACGCAACGUCAUUCCGUGCGUUCUUUCGGGAAGAGAAAACGAGGAAUCGUCUACGUUUGAAUCGCGAGAUUCACCGCUUUUUUGAGGAACGCGAAAGGUCUGAUCAACGACGCGAACGCGAAGAGGAACGGCGACGGAUUCAGGCGCUUCGCGAGAACAACGAAGAGGCGUAUCGUGCACUGGUGCAGAAUACAAAGAAUGAACGAUUGAAAUUGAUUCUGGAACAAACCGACGACUAUUUGCGGCAGCUCGGAGCCAUUGUAAGCGAGAAUCGUUCUGUUUUGACGGAUCGUGCAGCGGAUGCUGCUGACCCUGCGUCGUCGUUGUCGUUGUCGUCGUCGAGCAUGGCCGGCCAGCGAGCCGCUGAUAGCUACUACGAACUUGCGCAUCGCGUUCGAGAACGUGUGCUGAAUCAGUCUUCGCUCCUAACUGGUGGCGAGCUGAAACACUACCAGUUGGUUGGGGUCGAAUGGUUGCUCUCGCUGUACAACAAUCGUUUGAAUGGCGUUCUUGCGGACGAAAUGGGCCUCGGCAAAACUGUUCAAACCAUUGCGCUUCUGUGUCAUCUCAUCGAGUUCAAGCAGGAUGAGGGCCCCUUUUUGAUCGUUGUCCCGCUCUCGACGGUGAGCAACUGGGAGAGCGAGCUGGCGCAUUGGGCACCUUCACUCAAGGUGUCGGUUUUCAAGGGCGAUCGAACCGCUCGACGACGUCUAGCGAAUGAGCUUUUCGUGCGCGACGCAUCGGGGCGCUUUCCGUUCCAUAUCCUGCUCACAACGUACGAGUAUGCACUGCGCGCUCGAGCCGCCCUCUCCAAAAUCAUCUGGUCUUAUAUCAUUGUCGACGAGGGUCAUCGCAUCAAAAACGCUGCGAGCAAACUUGCCCAAGUGCUGGGUCAAAAGUAUCGUUCACGAAAUAGGUUGCUCUUAACCGGAACGCCGCUGCACAAUUCACUUUCCGAACUGUGGUCCCUGCUGAAUUUCCUGCUGCCGCAGAUUUUCUCCUCCUGUGACACAUUCGAGGCUUGGUUCAAUGCGCCGUUCGCAACGAUGCCCGGUGAACAUCUGGAGCUCACCGAGGAGGAGUCGCUUCUUAUUAUCAACCGGCUGCACAAGGUGCUGCGUCCGUUCUUGUUACGACGACUUAAGAACGAAAUUCUUCGCGGAGGCGAAAAGUUGCCGGAGAAGCGCGAAGUGCUCUUUCUCUGCGACAUGAGUGCUUGGCAACGGCUCGUCUAUCGCCAGUUAAUCCGUCAUGAACGCGUGGUGUUCACCGACAAGAGCGGCCGUCAUCGCCACGAUCGUCUCAGCAAUAGCAAGAUGCAGUUGCGAAAGAUCGUGAACCACCCGUACCUCUUCCACCCCGAGUACGAAAAAGGCGGCGUGAACGAACUCGUGCGGGCCUCCGGCAAGUUCCAAAUCCUCGAUUCCUGUAUCCAGAAACUCCUUCGCACUGGCCACAGGGUCCUGAUCUUCAAUCAGAUGACGCGGAUUAUGGAUUUGCAAGAGCGCCUCCUUAGAGCACGCAAUAUUCCAUUCCUGCGUCUGCAGGGACUGACCACUGCCGACGAGCGACGUGAGCUGGUCCAGGAAUUCAACCGACCAGGUACAAAAUACAACGUGUUCCUGUUGACCACCCGGGCUGGUGGUUUGGGCGUCAAUCUCCAAACAGCCGACACGGUUAUUCUCUUCGAUUCGGACUGGAAUCCCCAGAUGGAUAUACAGGCCCAGGAUCGGGCCCAUCGUAUCGGUCAGAAGAAAGCAGUACGCGUGCUGCGUAUCGUCACAGCGCGCAGUGUCGAGCAGCACGUCCUCGACAAGGCCGAACUGAAACUGGACUUGGAGCAGAAAAUCAUUCGGGCGGGCAUGUUUCAUCAAGAGGCAAAAGACAGCGAUCGUGAAGCGUUUUUACGGCAUUUAAUACGCGAGUCUGCCAUGAACGAAGUCGAAGAAGAAGAUGAUGAGGAUGAUGGUGAUGAUGGUGAUGCUGCUGCGAAUCCUGGUCGACGCCGGGGAGCGCGUAUUCACACGCUCGAAGAGAUCAAUCGUCUGCUGGCCCGUAGCGAUGAAGAGUACGAAAUAUUCUGUCAGAUAGAUCGGGAGUACUUGGCGCGACUCUGGGGCGUCGAUUCUCACGAUCCCAUCUUACAAGACCUGUCGCAAUACUAUCCGCCGCUGCUUGAGGAGCACGAAAUUCCAGACUUUGUGCGCAACCCCGAGAAGCACGGUUAUCGACGGGGUCAGGACGAUAUGCUUGCUGCAUGGGCCCUUGAACUCGAAGCGGACUUGGCACAGCGUCUUGAGCAGCGAGACGACGCGGGUUCCAGUGCGCCUGGCGGUCGUCGUCGACAUCGAGCCUCUGCCAAACGACAGAGAGUUCAUGAGGCGAUGCAACGCGCUUCCCGCAAGGCGCCACAGAGUAGCGAGAUGAAGCCACCGGCAUCUUCUGCUUCAUCGUCUUCGACGUCAGCAGCAUCGGCAUCUUCAGUUGAAGAGGAUUCUGAAGCGCAGCGGCGGGUCGCAGCCGACUUGGACGAAGAUACCGAAAUCGAUGACGAGUCCGAUGAUGAGGAAAACGCGCCCCAGAGUGCCAUCACAUCGGAUGAAUCAGCGCUCGAAGACGACGACAACGACGACGACGACGAUGAGGACGCCUGGAGUGCCUCGUGA